GUCAACUCAAAGCCAUGUCGGUCACGCGCUGGAAGCCUCCCCACGUAGAAAACAAGGGUGACCAACGGGGAGAGGGCGUCUGCAGGGAGGGGCAAUACCCCCCCCCCCCUUCCUUCGCCCUUCCACCGUAGGAAGGAAGGGGGCCUGCGGUCAUGCGAACAACUCCUGUUGAGGGUUCUCGGACACCGUGGUUCCUGUUAGCUGGACGGCUAUAUAAGUGUGGCGAGGGUGGUUCCAAGAGACCAGACCAGCAGUGGAUACGUCCUCGGUGUGAUUCGCCCUACUCCGGGCGACGCGAGGCUGAAGGCUCCCCCCUCCUUGUGACCGGACUAUUCGCGCCCCGACUUCUCCUAUCGGCCGGUGGCUUUGGCUCUAGUGCCCGUGUGUGCUGUGCGCGCUCGCCGAAGACCUCGCCCCUUGGAAUCGUAGCAAGCGCAAGCAACAUGCGGCUAUCAACCUCAACAACGACCGGUGCCCUGCUUCUUAUUUUCGUGAUCCUGCUGGCGCUCCUCGUGGAAGAAGCGAGCGCCGGCCACCACUUGCACCACAAGAAGAAGCUCAAGAAGGUUGCCAAGCUGGCGAUCCUGGCGAAGAUCCUGGCGCCCAAGUUUCUGCCCGUGCCACUGCCAAUCCCGAUACCCAUCAAGAUCGUUAAGAACCAGCAUGGCGGCCACGGGUGGCACGGAGGCGGUGGCUGGCACGGCGGUGGUGGUGGUGGAUGGCACGGCGGCGGUGGCUGGAAGCCCCAGCUCGACUUACACACCGUGAAGGUCAUCGACGCCGGUGCGGCCCACCUUGCAGGGGGAGGCCACGGCGGAUGGGAGGACGCUAAGGGCUGGGACGCCGGCGGCUGGGAGCCGGCAGGCUGGGAUGCGGGUGGUGGUGGCGGUGGCGGUCAUGGCUGGUGGUAGUCUCCCGAUAGGACAUUAUGUCUCGUUACCUCGACGCACGUGCCUUUUUCUAGGAACUGUAAGACCUCUCACAAGAACAUUCUAGGUUACACGCUAACGUCGUAGUUUCAUGUGUUUUCCGUUUAUUUUAUUGUUUUUUUUAUAUUUUCAUUCGUUGCGAGCGUUGCCCGCCUAGAUAAUAUGCUGAACGACGCGCCGCGCGUGCAGUUCCGUAGUCCUCUGCAUGGCCAGCGACUUCAUUCUACGUCACGAGGAACGCGCGCGCGCGCCCCCUCGGCCACGCCACAUUUGCACUCAAGUGGGCUGGUGAGGAACCAGCUGUGCCUCUUAAAGGCGCGGGAAGCGUGAAGACAGGUAGUUUAAAAGAAUUCCGUUUGAGCACUUCGGCUACUUUCAUCUAUGAUUUCACCGUUAAAACUGCACGCACCUAGAUAUGGGUGUGUAAGUGAUGAACGUAACCUUCAUACCGUGUGCUAUGAACUAACAUCUCGGUCCCCUCUGUCAAAACUCUAGUAACCAUCAGCUAAGAAAGACUCAAGCGGAAUUUUUAGAUGUCCUAGUGCUCAUACGGCUUUCUCAGCUUAGGACGCGGUAUUUCUGCAGGUAUACGAAAGCAGAGAGAGCUGACUGAUAAUGUUUUCGGCACAAGAGUAUUCAGGCAGAAUAGGGCCAGAGAUUCUGUGUCCACUGCUUAACGGUGUUAGCGAAAGUAGAGAAAUGGUUGCAUAGACAGACGUACGUGAAUUUGGAGAAACACUAUAGUCAUUUUGCGUUAUGGCGUGUUCAACUCUCUUCACACUUUCUCGUUGAUCAAGCGUACUUUUGCAAGUGCAUUGCUAUUCAAUGUCCUUUUCCCUCGCCCAUCCCUCACCAUCAAGUGUCCAGGGGUUCAGACCUCAGAGCCAAGCGACCGCUACGUCCACUUUCAUUCUUGGCCUGUUAUCCAUAAGACCGUGUGACUGGCUCCGGGAGACUUCAAGACGAACUUGCUAGACAGCAGAUGGCAACCGUACCAAGCACCAUUCUUAGACCUUCCGCGCCUUCAUUUUAUGCUAUCUUGUAUGUUGAUCUUCCUUUCCUGAGACUCCUUCGUGCACAUGUCUUUGUCGUUCUAAUCGCUACCUGCGUUCUAUUUGAGUAAAGAUCUCGGGGAAGACGUGAUCACUCUCACGAACACAAUAAACCUUCCCUGCCUCCUAGUGUGUAAGUAAGUGGUCCUUGUAUGUAUAUUAAUCUUGUAGAUUACGCUAACAUGGAAAACUUGAAACCUUCUGUUUUCUAGGACUCCUUUCUAUUCACAUUAACAAAGUGGACUACCAGUGCCGCCGAUGUGCCAUUGCUCUAACGUUCAGCGUGCUCGGCAUUAACAAAAACAACACACUCACCUGUAAUAGUCAGCACUGUUACUAACUGUACUCACAUCUGUUUGUAUUGUUCUGCGAAGUUUCCUAUCGAAAGCUAGAGACUUGUCGCUUUCUUUGUUACAUUCUUUAGUUUGGCCUAUCUGUUGUAUGUCAUCAUCUGCUUAUCAUAGUAGUGCAGUUUUUACUGUCUCUUUCAUUGACUUUAUAGCACAGGCUGUCUUUCAGAACAGUAAGUCUCUGGCUUGGUCCUUGUCCCUCGCUGUCUUUGUGGUUCGUUUGCUCGCGCAGUUAAACAAUGAAGGCUUGAAGAAGCUUGUACAAGUCGCAAGAAUAUAUCGGAAAAGGAGUGUUGUGCGCAGUAAGGGUAUGAAUGCUCGUUAACUGUCUCUUCCACGCACUUUUUUUGGUUGUCCUUGUAGUUUGUGCUCGUUUCAAAAUCUUAGAACUCGUUAGUGUUGUCCGUCCUGGUACCCCGAGCCAAAGAAGGCUGCAGCCUUUUACGCGACAGUGUAAACUAACCGAUAUGUGUCCUGAAAACGCCUCAUGCUUAAGCAACUAACAGAAUUAACGACAGUGCUUUCUAGCCUUCGGAAAUAACAAGUUGUUGUUGCUCUAUGUUGUUUGUUUACUAGUAACCGUAAGCCUUUGUUAUCCCCUGCCUUUGUAUUUUUUUCGUUCUGGUCAAGUUACGGUAAAAAUGUCUUCGUGUAAAAACUACUUCGUGUGUGAGAAAGAAAUUGUCUUUCAAAAUAAUAUGUGAUCGUGUGUAUCGUACAAAAUGUGAUCGUGUCUGUGCUUGUAACCUCGCCGUAAUGUUGUUUGUCAUUUUUUUGAAAACGCUUGUGCAACGAUGAAUGUCUCCGCGCGUGAAUGAGCCAUUGCUUAUGUAGAAUGUAUGAAAACGCGUGCGAAGUUUUGUGUUGUCAUAAAAAUGCGUAUGUAUGUUCAAAAUGCUUCCCAAUCUCGAGUUAACAUGUAAAUAAACGCUCACAACCCCUGUA